GGAGCCUGCUGCUUCCUGCGCCCGGUUGAGGAAGUGGAUUUCGCUGACAGGGCUGGGUUCACUGGAGGGAGAGGCCAGCAAAACAUCUUCCAACGGGGGGGACUAAAGAAACAACGCCGAGAGAAAGAUACGAGCGCGUUGUUGGAGCGUAAUAAAUCCAAAGUUGCACCGUGAUCCUUGAAGCCCCAGCCGAGACCGCAGACAUGAAUGACCAGCAGCUGGACUGUGCUCUGGACCUGAUGAGGCGUCUGCCUCCUCAGCAGAUCGAGAAGAACCUCAGUGACCUCAUUGACCUGGUGCCCAGUCUGUGUGAAGACCUGCUCUCCUCCGUGGACCAGCCCCUUAAGAUCGCACGGGACAAGGUGGUGGGGAAGGACUACCUGCUCUGUGACUACAAUCGAGAUGGCGACUCCUACAGAUCCCCAUGGAGUAAUAAAUAUGAACCUCCCAUUGAAGAUGGCGCGAUGCCUUCAGCUCGGCUGAGGAAACUUGAAGUUGAAGCCAAUAACGCCUUCGAUCAGUACAGAGACCUGUACUUUGAGGGUGGCGUGUCCUCUGUGUACCUUUGGGACUUGGAUCAUGGCUUUGCUGGUGUUAUUCUCAUUAAAAAGGCUGGGGAUGGAUCCAAGAAAAUCAAGGGAUGCUGGGACUCUAUUCAUGUGGUGGAGGUGCAGGAGAAGUCCAGUGGUCGUACCGCUCACUACAAACUCACCUCCACCGUCAUGCUGUGGCUCCAGACAACCAAGACUGGCUCCGGCACCAUGAACCUAGGUGGCAGCCUUACAAGACAGAUGGAAAAGGACGAGACAGUUGGAGAGUCCUCGCCCCACAUCGCCAACAUCGGCCGCCUUGUUGAAGAUAUGGAGAACAAGAUUCGCUCCACACUGAAUGAAAUCUACUUUGGGAAGACCAAGGACAUCGUCAACGGCCUAAGAUCUAUUGAGUCUUUGCCUGAUAAUCAAAAGUACCGGCAGCUCCAGAAGGAGCUGUCGCAGGUCCUCACCCAGCGUCAGAUCUUCAUUGACUAGGGUCAGAGGUACACCCUGGCAUGGACAAGUGUUUGUGUGUGGGUGUGAGUGUUCAGACUCAGGCUGACAAGUCACAGAAGGAGGCUCUGAAGGUCGACUUAAUGGAGGCACUCAAACGCAAACAAAACAGCUAGAGAUGCUACUGUUGUAUUUUUCUUCUUUCAUUCUCUCCGCCUCAUCUCUGCCAUCUUCUCUCCGUUUAUUUUGUCUCUCUCCCUCCAUGCCUAUUUCACUGCUGCAUUUGUGGAAAACAAAAAAGGAGAAAAAGCUUAGCUUUUUGUUUGUUGUUUUUUUUUGUCCAUUUUUUUUUUCUUUCUUUCUCUCAUGCAUCUCAUCUACCAUGAAGCCAUUCACUUACACCGUUUCUCUUCUAUCUCCCAUAUAAUGAUAGUAUUACUGAGGUUUAAUGAUAAUCUUACACAGUGAAGAACAUUGUAGUAAUAAUCCCAGACGUGUCCUCAGUUUGAAAUGAGCGACUCGUCCUCUUGCCUGCUCUGCCUCGCUCGGUGUUGAGGAAACGAACACAGACUGUGCUUGAGGCGGUGUAUGCUUGGCAGUGGUGUCGUCACAUUCAUCAAAUGUAUCUCUUCCCCCCUACUUUGUCCGGCACUCCUGAUAUGUUUGUAUGGAAUCAUAUCUGCCUACGUCUAGCUGUCAGCCUUCUGAGCGACGUAAACUUGAAGGCAGCCUUUCAGUGUGCUCAAGCAGGCUUUUACACUCGAUGUCACUCUUCUCCAUGCAUGUGAGCCUGUGUUGGAUCAUGGAGCUGCGAAAGCAGGAACCUUCUCAAACAUGGGGAUGGACUGUUAUCACCCUCACAAAAUCCCCCUAAACACACACCCACACACACACACACACACAUUGUAUAACAUGACAGUGUCUUCCCCCCUCUGUUCAGUUAUUCAGCUCUUCUCACUCACCUUAUCUGUCUUUGUUGGGGGUUACACUUUGUCUUUGUGUCUCAGUGGAAACCUUUGAACGUUUCCAUUUUGGAGGGGAAUCUUUUGUUGUAUUUUUUUGUUUUGUUUUUAUUUUGUAAAGCUUAAGAUUCAUAUUGUAUUAGAGCCUCCAGCAACAAUAAAAACUGUAAAAAGCCA